AGACUACACAUAUAUCUGGACUCCUUGUUGUUUGGACUAAGCCAAAAAAAAAAGAAAGAAACGGGAAGCAUGGUAUCUGCCGGGCUACAGAUGUUGGGCACGGCCCUGGCCAUUAUUGGCUGGGUCAUGACCAUUGUGAUUUGUGCCUUGCCCAUGUGGAAGGUCACAGCUUUUAUUGGAAACAACAUUGUGACUGCACAGACCACUUGGGAAGGCAUCUGGAUGACCUGUGUUGUCCAAAGCACUGGACAGAUGCAAUGCAAGGUCUAUGACUCUAUGCUGGCCCUCAGCUCAGAUCUGCAGGCUGCCCGUGCUCUUUGUGUUAUUUCCAUUUUGAUCGGCAUCAUCGGGAUCCUCCUGGCCAUCGCUGGUGGCAAGUGCACCAACUGUGUGGAGGACGAGAGCUCCAAAGCAAAGGUGGGCAUUUCGGCCGGCGUGGCUUUCCUCAUCGCUGGGCUCCUGUGUCUGAUUCCUGUCUGCUGGACAGCCAACAGCAUCAUCAGAGACUUCUACAACCCUAUGAUAAGUAACGCUCAGAAAUAUGAGCUCGGAGCUUCUCUGUACAUCGGAUGGGCUGCUGCUGCUCUGCUGUUAAUUGGAGGAGGCUUGCUCUGCUGCAACUGUCCACCCAAAGACAACUACACAGCAAAGUAUUCAGCACCCAAAUCAGGAGGAUCCAAAGGCUACGUGUGAUCUUUUGACGGAUGCCUCAAUUCUGGACUUGAUCUUCGUGAUGUGCUAUAUUUUGAACAGCUGAUAUAAAUGGUGCAUUUUAAUGUUUUGUGUAUUAUUGGCUGCUCACCAAAGUCAUGAGAAUACAAAGGUGUAGGGAAACAUGCAGUGCCGUGACAAACCACAGGGUUUGUCAAAGUUGGGUGUUUCCCUUUGGAUUUUUUUUAUUUGUUUUUUGUUUUUUUUUAACCAAAUGCUUUAACAUAAUGCUGUUUUGUUUUAUAUUUGACUCCAUUUCACAUUUGAACUGUAUUAACUAAUACACAUGUACAACAUUUACAUUCUAUAUUUCAUUGUUUUGAUGGUUUACAUUUCUGUGACAUUCUGUAUUGCAAGAUUUGCAUUCUAUGUCUUUUGCUUUUUGUUACUGUUUUUAUUACAAUUCCUUUU